UACGAUACUCGCUUACAACAACCAAACAAACUCCUCCAACUCUGCCGCCAAAAUCCCUCUCAACGCACCGUUUAAGGCUUUAAGCAAUCACUAACUACUGCUUCACUUUCUUUCUCCAUCGGCGGUUCUCUUCUCGAAUGCCGAGUCACUGACUCACUUCUUAUAACCCUACAAAAAGACCACAAUGUCCUCGAGACGCCACUCGCUGAGUGGUCCUCCCCAACUCAGUGGUACCGCUUCGACUCACGAGCUCCGGCAACGAGUCAUUACCUGUCUCAACAAACUCUCCGACCGCGACACUCUCGCCGGAGCUACUGUAGAGCUUGAAUCCAUUGCUAGAACCCUAAGUCAUGACUCUUUCUCAUCUUUUCUCUCUUGCAUUCAUAACACUGAUUCGUCUUCUAAAUCUCCGGUUCGUAAACAAUGUGUUAACCUUUUGAGCCUUCUCUCGCGUUUCCAUGGUGACGCUCUAUCUCCUUUUCUUUCGAAGAUGAUUGCUACUGUCCUCCGUCGUCUGAGAGAUCCCGACUCCGUCGUAAGAUCCGCUUGCGUCGACGCUGUUGCGGAGAUGUCGUCGCGCAUCACUCGACCUUCGUUCUCCGUUGCUUUCCUGAGGCCGUUCAUGGACGCAUUAGCGUUGGAGCAGGACGUGAAUGUGCAGAUCGGCGCCUCACUUUGCCUCGCCGCGGCUAUUGAUGCAGCGCCGGAGCCGGACGUUGAGUCGCUCCGGAGGACUACGCUUCCAAGGCUAGGGAAGCUUCUGAAGACGGACUCGUGUAAGGCGAAGGCGCCGUUGUUGGUGCUGAUCGGAAGCGUUGUAUCUGUCGGCGGUGCUUCGAGUCGCGGGGCAAUGAAUUGGUUGGCUCCAUGCCUUGUCGAGUUUCUUGGUAGUGAGGAUUGGACUGUGAGAAAAGCCUCUGCGGAGACAUUGGGGAAAGUAGCUUCAGUGGAGAAAGAUUUGGGGUCGCAGCAUAAAGUUCUGUGUCUGGAUUCGUUGCAAAAUAAACGGUUUGAUAAGGUCAAAGUUGUUCGAGAUACUAUGAAUCUGGCAUUGGAUAUGUGGAAGAAAGUAAAAGAUGUGUCUGAAAAUGCUCCUAGUCCGGUUAAGUCUGCAUGUGUUUCAGUUGGAACAGAAGAUGGUAAAGGUCUGUGUGCAACCAAAAGUUCACCCUUAGUUGGCUCUAAAUUGUCUCAACUAAAUAAAAUGGUCUCUUCAAAAAGGUCACCUCCAUCUACAGUUUCAUUUAAAUCCUCGGGCAAAAGAGAAAUUCCUAUAAAGAGUAAUGACAAGUAUUCAAGAAUGGGGAUGUUGCGCCAGCAAGAUCAUGAGAAAUUAUCUGAUGAAAAACUUCAAACUCCAGUAUUGAAGUCCUCCCAUUCAAACAUGACCAAGGAAGAUGAUAUUAAAAGGUGUGAUUUUGAAUCUUCUAAGUCACCCACAUAUCAGAAUGCGACAAAUUCGAGGGUUGAUGUAAGUCGAGUUUUCCUUAACAAGAUGUCAGAUGAGAAAAUGCGGAAGCUUGGUGGUUCAAACUCUCGUGUAGUUCCAUGUGAUGAUGAUGACGAUCUCGACACAGAUGUUACUGUCAACAAUGUUAAUGAAGUUUGUGAGAGCCCACAAGAUGUUGAGGAUUUGUCUUUGAUACGGGAACAACUUUUACAAAUAGAAAACCAGCAAUCAAAUCUGUUAGACCUCCUCCAGAGGUUUAUUGGAACCUCCCAAACUGGGAUGAAUUCUCUGGAGUCACGUGUACAUGGUCUAGAAAUGGCAUUGGAUGAAAUAUCAUAUGAUUUAGCAGUAUCAAGUGGCAGGAUUCCCAACACUGAUGCCAUAGAAGACAUGUGUUGCAAGCUACCUGGUUCUGACUUUCUGAGUUCUAAAUUCUGGAAGAAGACAGAAGGUCGGUACUCGACGUCAAGGUUCUCUUUUGGAAGCUCAGCACCAAUGAAUAAUGUGCAUAAUGCAACUGAUAGAAAUGGAAGCAAAGAAAUAUUAAGUACAAAUAGCAAAAGAUUUCAGCUUCGAAGGGAUGAGGGUGGAUAUCUUGUGAACCCAUUGCCAGAAGUUCAAAGCGAUUUGAAGGGUCAUUCAGGGCAACUAUCGUAUAAAUUCUCUAAAAACUUUGUUCAAGAUGCUGGGAGUGCACAAAGUAACAGUUCCAGCAGAUUUGAAGGCAUUUCAUCAACUAGGGAAAUAAUGAGGAACCAGAAUAUCAGGUCAUCUGCUUAGAGAAGACAGAUCGCAGCAAGCAUCAUCUCUCCUUGCUUGUUGGUUUAGGUUGCAGUGCACAAGAUGUAUUACAGAUGAGGAAAUUUUCUUCUUGUGUAAGCUUGUAGAAAUGUAAUGCAGACGUAGAAGUUUUCUUUGACAUGUAUCUUAAUUAGAUUAUUGUAUUAUGUAUUUGUCCCUUUAAUAUUAGCAGUAGAUAGCAAAGAAAGUGAUUAUUCCAUAGGAUGCAUGGGUGAAGUAUAUGUUGGUUGUUUGGUGGAAUAUAAGAAAUUAGCAUUGUAAAUAAGUUUAGAUGGUCAAAGGUUAGAGCAAUUGAUACCUUGGGACGAGUUCCAAAUUGCAAUUUUCUAUUUAUCAGGAUUUAGUGA